AUGAAGGGACUCGAUUCAAUGCCAACAUUGACAACAUGGUCGUUCCUUGUUGAAACCUCUUCGGGGAAGAAAGCACUCUUUGAUCUGGGUGUUCCCAAGGAGCCGUUGAAGAAUUUCGCGCCAUAUUACGCGGAUAUAAUAAGAGCAAAUCCGAAUUGGGACGUGGAUGUUCCCAAGAAUGUUGCAGAUAUUCUUGCUGAGAAUAACGUACAGCCGUCCGAGAUUGAUAGCGUGAUCUGGAGCCAUCACCAUUUUGAUCAUAUCGGAGAUAUCACAACCUUUCCAGGGUCAACAGAACUCGUCGUCGGCCCAGGAUUCAAAAAAGCCUUCUUACCUGGAUAUCCCGCUGGCCCAGACUCUCCUGUGCGUGAAGUAGACUUUCAGGGCAGAGAGCUGAGAGAGAUCGACUCUGAACAUAUGACCCUCCAGAUUGGCCCAUUUCGUGCCUUUGACUUCUUCGGCGAUGGUUCAUUCUAUCUUCUUGAUACGCCAGGCCAUAGUAUUGGCCAUUUGGCUGGUCUUGCUCGUACAACUACCAGCCCAGACACCUUCAUCUUCAUGGGCGGUGACCUAUGCCAUCAUUGCGGCGAGUUACGUCCAUCAGAGUAUCUACCAUACCCAUCAAAUCUCUCCGAGCACCUAUCACUCUCACAUUCUCUCCGUCUCCAUCUCUCACAAUGCCCUGGUAGUGCUUUCGACGAGUUGAAUGUCGAACGCGGACGGGCCGUUGGCGAACCAUUUUUUGACCCAGCGUUUGGGUUUGACUUGGACCUAGCGAUAAAGACGAUCAAAGAGGCGCAGACAGCAGAUGCACAAGAAAAUGUCUUCUUCGUGUUUGCACAUGACACGGCCAUGUUUGAUGUUAUCGAUGUGUUCCCGAAGCAAGCGAAUGACUGGAAGCAGAAAGGCUGGAAGGAGAAGUCUCUCUGGAAGUUUCUGAACGAUUUUGAAGAUGCACUAAGGCCUUAG